AUGUCGAAGAAAGUUCCACCUAAUUUUCUAGAAGCUAUUCGAUAUCUUUAUUCAGCAAAAGUUAAAGAUAAUAUGGGAGUUUCAACUGAUGAAGAAAAAGAGAUUUUUUUCAAGCAAGUUAAGAAUGGUUUCAAAUAUGGAAUAUUAAAUUUAGAAAAUCAGCAAUCUGGAAUGACAUUAUUGACCCAGCUUACGAAACUAUUACGCCAGUUCAAGGAUUUUCAUUGUUUAAAUCUCUACGGAAAUAACGUAUGUGAUCACGGAUUAUUAACAGUAUAUCAAAAUCUUACAGCAAAUCAUAACAUUACCGCUAUAGAUUUAGGAUCGUGUAAUCUUUCGCAUCAAUCUCAGCAACUUUUGUAUGAUAUGGUUAGAGAAACCGGUAUUGAUAGUUUACAAUUAGGAAAUCACAACGUCGUAUUCUACUCCAAUAAGUUUCCACCUGAAUUCUUAGCAGAAUUACUAAAUAGAAUUCGAAUUGCAAAAAGAAUUAAAUGUUUAGGCUUAAGUGGUCUAAAACUAAGUGCAAGAAAGGGACCAAAGCGAUAUUCGAUUGCAGGAAACCUAGCUUACUUCCUCGAAAACGAUGAUAUCAUUAAAACCUUAAAUAUCUCUGGAUGUGAUUUUAAUACUGUUGAUAUGGCUGAUUUAGUUACAAACGGAUUCCUUAAAAAUUCAUCUCUUCAGUAUCUUGCCAUAUCAAAAUGUCCAUUUGAUGAAUUUACAGGUUCUGCUUUUAUGAAUCACCUUCAUCUUCUGAAAUCGUUAACAUUUCUUGACAUAAGUAAUUGCAAUUUGGAUGGAAAAGCAGGUGCCUUCCUUGCAAGUUCAAUUAAUAAAGGAGUGAAUAUUAUUAUUUUGAACAUUAAUAAUAAUCCAAUAGGCAAUGAAGGAAUGAGUCAAAUAUUCGAAGCAGUAGAGAACUCUAUCACAAUUACUGAAUUUUAUGCAUCAAAUACAAAUUGUAAUCAAAUUUGUGCACCAAUGAUAAAGAAUUUGAUUACAAACAAUCAGAUUUUGACUAUUUUAGAUAUAUCAACCAAUCAUAUAACAGAUCCAGGUGCUCAUGCCGUUGCAGAAUCAAUUUCUCAAAAUAUCUCUUUGACUUCUCUUUCAAUUGCAUCAUGCCAUAUAUCAGAUGAAGGAACACUUGAAGUCUGUCAAGCUCUUUCUACAAAUCAAGAGUUAGUUAUCAUAAAUCUUCAAGAUAAUUUUAUUACCAAAGAAUACGGUUAUAAAAUUCUUGAAUGCCUAUCAAAGAAUAAUACUUUGACUAAUAUUAAUUUGUCUUCAUCUCAAGUUGACCACUUUGUAAUCUCUGCAAUCCAAGAUUUAUGUAAUCGAAACAUCAGAAGGAAACGUGAUGUAAAAUAUGCUCCUCUCAAGCAACAAUUGAUCCAGCUUUCCAUUCAGCGUACUAAAAUGCCUGAAGCUGAAGCAAAACUCAAAACAUUAAAAGAUGCAAAGUCAGAACUUGAAGAAAAGAACUUUGAACUCGACCAAACAACAUUCAAAACGAAUUCUGACUUCGAAAAUAAGAUCAAUCAACUGAAUAAGUCAAUUAACGCUACUCAUGAGUUAAUUGUCGAAGAUCAGAAGGGAAUGGAGACAAUGAACAGCGACUGGGAGAAGGCAAAAAUAGGUUACCAAGUACAAUAUAAGGAUACUUUGCUGAAAACAGAAAUGUUAGCCGCUGAAAAUGUGAAAUUAGAAGAAAAUCUUCAAGAAAAAGACAACGCUAACAUAAAAGAGAAUGAUGCUGAACGUCAAGAGAUAGAAAAAAUCAAAGAGGAAUUAGAAAAAAUCGGAAAAUUGACGCAAGAAAUGUAUGAUGUGUUGAAAGACCCAGAAAAACUCCAAACUUAUGAAGUUCCUGAAGAAUAUAUGGUUAAGGAGAAUUCUCCAUUCUUCCUUGUUGAUCAAAUCGGAGAAGAAAGCAAAAAAGAAAAAAUUGAAACAAAAAGAUCAAAUAAAUCUAAUAAGUCUGGAAAAUCCAAUAAAACAGGGAAAUCUGGGAAAUAA